AUGGUCGUUUACAUUGCUCUCAUAAUACUUUUGUGCCUAAGUUCACUACUAAAUCCAGUUCAGACCGUAAUUAAAGACGAUAUUCAUGUACUGAUUGGACUUGUGCCUACACAAUUAAAUGCAAGCCCUUUGGAUUUCGAUAAGUGGAGUAAGGACAUCAGUUUAUCACUGAAUGAAGAGCAGCAACAGCGCGUGGCAUGGAAUAUUCCCUGGUCGGAUAUUUUAGAGACACAAAAAGCACCGCAAGAUCUGCAAAGCCAUCUCAAUACCGGAAAUCCCUUCAAGCUGAAGCUUUGGAUGAGCUUUCAUUGGCAUCUACGACGUUUUCGUCUUUUAAACGAGAUUCUUCUCUCUAACUUUGCACGGGAAUUGAGGAACCUCAAGAGUAAUCAUCCAGAACAGUGGAACAAUGAUCUCCAAAACAUGUUGCAGAGUUUACCAAGACCUCUGAGGCUUCUGGUGAAAACUCGUCGCUUGUGUCUCGAACACAAGAAGGAAUUGUUCUAUAUAACUGCUGGAAAUCAACUGGAAUUGGGCGCCAAUAGUAACUGCAGCAUUUGGGAGGUUGAGGAGGAAAACAAGUAUCACUGGCUGAGGCUCGUGAAUGUCUGCGAAGAUAAGAGCCAUUUCUUCAUCACCAUGUUAUCACAAGGUGCAUCACAUGUCCUGUUCACUGCGCCCAACAAUGUAGCAAAAGCUUUUUGUGUACUGAAGAGUAUGACUUACUUUGAGAAAUCGGUGAAUACGGAUACGGAAAGUAACUGCCACUGGCAGCUAAAUGAUUGCAAGUUUUUACCCAUGAUAUUAUCAGCCAAUAAUAAAAAUUAAUGUAAGCACAACUCCUGGGCUACCCCAUU